AUGCCUACUGUCGCUUAUUACAAGCAGGUAUUUCGCCGCAUUCGCGGCAUUCUGGCAAACAAGCUUGACUCUAAGGAUCUAGAAAAAAUCAUGGAGGAGUUUGAGAAUCCCUUGUCGCUCCCAGUGACUUCGUUAGAUCAGGAUGAAGUUCAGACCAUCCUUGAUCUGACUCUGGUGAUCGACGACGAGUUUGACCACAUUGUACCCAUCCCCAUCCCAUCAGUCUUAAAACUUUGGUUGGAGAAAACCGACCGUGCCAUCGGCUCCAGCAAUCGGAAUGAAGCGAGUAUCAGGUGCAAGCUGAACUUGCUUCUGAUUUACGCACAUGACCUCGUGUCGUCAUCCAAAAACAAGUCCGCUCGACCACUGAACAUCCAGACGGAACGAACAUGGGCAUAUACCCCUGUAAAAUGGAAGGGAAAGAGAUGGGUCCUUUCAGGUCGUCCUGACUACGGCAUAUGGUACGGAGAGGAGGAAGACAUCGACGUCAACGUCAUAAUAAUGGAGGCCAAGAAACUCAGUUAUGGCUCGAUGGGGGUUCCACAGGCGCUGGCUUAUAUGGGCAAGCAGCGGAAAGACUUCGGAAAGUCAGAUACCACCGUUUAUGGGAUUUCUACCGAUUCCCAGAGUUUCACCUUCCUCAAGCUUGACAAUGAGUCUCAAUGGUCACGCAAAACAUUCGAUAUUGUUGGAAACGACUACGGCCAGGUACUCGGUCUGUUAGUAUACCUCAUGAAGAAAGCGGCCUCAAUGUCACCCGUUUCCUCCAAACACACGUCUCGCCACACAGCGCAAGGAUCGGGGGAAUCCGGACUGAUCUUCGACCUUGAAGCGGUGGAGGAUAAUAUGGAGGAUGACGAUAUGGAUGUGGAGUGA